AUGCGGACCCGGACCAUCGAGCAGCACCCGCAAGAAGGCGGCAAGAACUGCAGGGGAGCGCUCAAGGAGACAAAGCCUUGUGGUGGGCCAAAGGACACAGACUGUCACGUUGGUGACUGGCAUGAGUGGACCAGCUGCAGCGUUCAUUGCGGCGUGGGCCGGCACACACGCAUGAGAUAUAUCGACGUAGAGGCGCAUCACGGCGGUGAGACCUGUGAUCUUGACCUCCUAGAAACUGCGCCUUGCGAUGCCGGACACUGCUCUGGCAGUCGCGACUGUGCCGUCAGCUCGUGGACAGAGUGGAGUAUGUGUGACGAGACCUACAUCCAGAAGUAUCGCCACCGGGAGGUCACCGCGGAGCCUACUGGUACUGGCCUCUUAUGCAACUACAGCCUCAAGGAGACUCUGGGAUGUGCUCCGCCAAAGAAGCAGGACUGCACCCUUGCAGAGUGGCGUCCCUGGAGCAGUUGCACAGCUACAUGCGAUGGUGGUCAAAGAUACCGAGAUCGCAAUGUCCUGAAGCCUCCAAGGAGGGGAGGCACAUGCCCCACAGUUCAGCUGCGAGAGACUGCCUCCUGCGGCACCUUGCCACCUUUGGUAGUUGCUGUUAAGCGGCGCUUGCGGAAGGAUUUUGCCACGUGGUCCGUCUGCUCGGCCUCAUGUGGUAGCGGGUCGCGCACGCGGGUCAGGAAGGUGGACCGCUUCGCAACAAAUGGCGAAGGCCCGCUUCAGGAAGUUGCCCAGUGCAAGACCGAGGAGUGCCAGGUGGUUGACUGCCGAUGGAGUGACUGGGAGCAGUGGUCGACUUGCUCGGUCUCUUGUGACGGUGGCACAAAAACCAGGAGUCGCAACAUUGCUGUGUCUCCCAAGGGCGGGACUGCUUGCGAAGCAAGGGACAAGGUGGAGGUAGCCCCUUGUGGAGCCCAACAUUGCGGCGAAGGAUGCCGAGAUGGUGUAUGGGGCGAGUGGAGGGAGUGGACUCCAUGCAGCGGUAGCUGCAACGAUGCCUACCGCAUGCGAAGGAGGAACAUAGCCAUUCACCCCAACUCCUGUGGAAAUGCGACUGUCGGUCCUCGAGAGGAGUUUGAGAAGUGCGACCAGUUGCCACCCUGUGUAGCGGAUGUCGACUGUCUGCUUUCCUCCUGGACACCUUGGACGAAGUGCAGCUGCCACUGCUUUGGGAUGAAGUCGAGAUCGCGCUACAUCGAAAGAUUCCCAUCCGGAAAUGGCGAAACUUGCUUCAACGAAAGUCUGAAAGAGAUUGAGCCCUGCAAUCCCGGACCAGAUGAAGUGACGCCUGCAGAUUGCUCCAACGUGAAACAGGUGAACUGCGAGCUCUUCGAAUGGCAGGAGUGGUCCCAGUGCUCAACCUCUUGUGGCGGUGGCCAGCGAUCGCGAGUUCGAGAGGUGAAGACGCCUGCAAUGGGUGGUGGAAGGGCUUGCAACAACGCACUCUUGGAGACUGCCGGAUGCAACAAGCAGCGCUGCGCUGCACACAAGUGCCAGGACUGCAUUUGGGGCGAGUGGAGUUCUUGGGGGGACUGUCCCCCUUGUGGUGGCCAGCGCUAUCGGCAUCGAAACAUUGACAUCAUGCCGAAUCUUUGCGGUAGACGCUGCGACCUCCGCAGUGCCAAGGAGGUGUCGGAUUGCGUUCCCAGGCCAGAGUGCAAAAAGACGCUCUAUUGUGGCUGGAACGAAUGGACUGAGCCGCAGUGUGAAAACACUUGUGGGACAGCGACAGCGAUGGUCACUCGCAGCUUGGGUCUUCACCUCACGAAGCCGGCAGAAGAGAAUCUCCUCUUCAAGGUCAACGGGACGGCCAACUGCUCCGGCACGCAGGUGAAUCAGAGCCAGUGCCCGUUUGUACGGGAUUGCGAGGACUGCAUCCCGAUCCCGUGCAUCUUCAGCCCGUGGUCGGAGUGGCAAGAGCCCACCUGUGAAGGCCUCUGCAGCCGCAGCCGCAUCGUGCAGGAUGUGAACAACGAGUGUGGGCCGCCUUGCCUCGGAGCUCUCGAAACCACGAAGCGCUGCGCGGCAGACUGCCUGAGCCCUCGAGAUUGCAAGGUGACGCAGUGGAGCGCGUGGAGUGGAUGCAGUGACCCUGGACAGGCAGCCGGCCAGAGAUAUCGCAACCGUGAAAUCGAGUUCACGCCGCGCAACGGUGGAAAGCCAUGCCUUGGAGUACUGGAAGAGACUGUGGGCUGCCAUCAGACAGUUCCUCAACCUUGCUUAUUCAGCUCCUGGGAGGAAUGGACGCCCUGCACGGCAACCUGCGGUGAUGGUUGGCGUACGAGGAGGAGGCAGAUAGAGGUGCAUGCUCAUCGCGGCGGCAUGACCUGCGAUGGCACCCUGAAAGAGAUUGACAAGUGUGUCCAAGAAGGUCCUGCGUGCGAAGCUGGGAGUGCAGUGGACUGCGUGCUUGGAGAGUGGGGCAUAUGGAGCACCUGCGACAUGCACAACAUGCGCUUCAGAGAUAAGAGCAUUACCCAGCAUGCUGCAAACGGCGGGCAAGCUUGCGUUGGUGAGAUCACACAAGGAGAAUCAUGCGGAAUGACUCCUGUUAACUGCAAGAUGUCCUCUUGGGCAGAGUGGGGCCCCUGUGAUCGAACAUGCGGACAUGCGCAGACGAGGCGCCAGCGCCAGAUCGAGGUAUUUGCACAAAAUGGCGGUGUGGAUUGUCCUGGCAGCCUCAUGGAAACCGAGGGUUGCUUCCUGGAGGAGUGUCCUAUGUGGGAUGCAGAGGUGAGCGACUGGUCGGCUUGGACCGAGUGCACCUUGACGUGCGGGCCAGGCGAGCAAACACGCUCACGCAGCAUCCUCAAGGAGCGAACUUUGGGGGGUCGUGGUUUCGAAGGCUUCCUGGGUGAGGCAAGACGCUGCCACACAGCAGCUGUCUGCCCAAGGGCUGACUGUGUGUGGGAUGCCUGGGAAGAGUGGCGCCCCUGCAGCUGCUCCUGUGGCGGCGGAACUCAGGAGCGCAAGCGAUUUGUGAAGACCAUGCCUCACAUGGGUGGCGAGCGUUGUCCACCGAGUGACAAAGUGGAGCUCCGGCCAUGCAACACGCACCGGUGCGAUGAGUCCUGCAAAGAUGGCAAGUGGGGCGAGUGGAGCGCCUGGGCGGAAUGCUCAGCGACAUGCGAUGGUGGAACUACCUUCCGCAUCCGCAAGAUGAUCAGGGAAGCAGACGAGUGCGGUGCUCCGGCUGUAGGGAAGUCUCACGAGACCGGCUUCUGCAACAUGGACAGGUCCUGCACGCCUUCUGUGAAUUGCGAAUUCACCCCAUGGACUACAUGGACCGGCUGUUCAGCAACCUGUGAUGGCAUUCGUCGACGUGAGCGCAGUGUGGAAAGCUAUGGGCAAGGUGCUGGGUUGUGGUGCAUUGGGGGCCUGAAGGAGGUUGAGCCCUGCAACCCAGCUCCAGGUGAAGAGGGCCCCGAGCAGUGCUUCGGCGGAGAUCCAGUCGAUUGCCAGCGCAGCGACUGGACAGGUUGGAGUAUGUGUAGCAAGAGCUGCGGAGGCGGUGAAAGCCUGCGAUCACGGGAGAUUAUGAAGCAUCCCAAGUUUGGCGGCCGAACCUGUGAUGGCCCGCUGGAGGAACUUAGGGAGUGCAGCCGCCACCCCUGCGGGAUUGGUAGCCUCAAGCCAGUGGACUGCACCUUUGGAUCCUGGGAAGAGUGGGGUCUUUGCGAUAAAUGCAACGGUGAGCGCACCAGGAUAAGGAAGAUCAUAGAUUCGCCUCGCAAUGGUGGCAAGGAGUGUGAGCCCAAAGAGCUUGUGGAGCUGGGGAAGUGCCCAAGACGGUGCAAAGGACAGAAGUUCUGUGAAUGGCUGACCUGGGGCGAGUGGAGCCAAUGCACCGCUGAGUGUGGGAAGGGAGGCAAGCGGCGGCGACGCCGCUACCUGUCACUCACCGAAGAGGCCAAGAGCGAGCUACCCUCCUAUGUAUCGAAUGUCAUGAUGCACUACGAGAAGGUUAAGGUGCAUGCGCAGGAGCUUGAAUCCCGAGAGAUUCUCGACGUGUUCGGUUCUUUUGCCGCUGGCUGCAUCUCCUUGAGCAUGGUGGUGCUCGGUGUGCGCCUGCUUGGGCGCAUACGGAGCCGCCGCGGCGCACAGGUAGGGUACACUCCCGUCGAGGCGUGA